GCUUCAAAAUACAUCUAAAGGCACAAUUUAUUUUUCACAGCUGCAUGAACCAGUUAGAAUAAAAAGCCAUCAUAUACAUCACCGUGUGAACUGAGGAAGAGGGAGGAGGAACAGACUGACUCAUGCUUCGGCCAGCAUAAUUAUAGUCCAUUGGGGUUUGUGUGUAUUUAAAGGAAGGAAGGAAACAUCAAGAGCUCCAAGCAAAUCUACAAGGCUGCAGUAUAGUCUGGAUUUGAGCACCAGUUGAAACCUCCUGAACAUGUCUCAGCUACAGGAGGAGAGCGAGGAGGGCAAGAUAAAGAGGCCAGAGGUGAGGGAUGAGGACCUGAUUCAAGCAAGGGAUAAGCUGGCAUUCGGGACUACAGUGAAGAGCAAGACGUUUGAAGUGAUGGAGGAAUGUGAGCGUGCGGGAAAAGUCGCACCGUCUGUGUUCAGUAAUGCUCGAUCAGGAGCAGAGACCGUCUUCAGCAAACCCAGCAGGAAAAAGUGACAUGGAAAAUCACAUUUACAUACUUUCAAAAUUUGUAUUGUAUGUUGUUGAAAAAGGAUUGAAUAAAAACAGAAAAGUUAUA